AUGGCGGCCAUCGAUACCGUCCCUCAGGGGAAACCUCUAGGGAAAGGUCAAGCUCCCGAAAGCCCGGAUUACGCCCUCAUGAGUUCAGCAUCCGGCGAGAUUGUGGGCGAGGUGCGCGCUACCUCGCGCUUGGACUUUGAGAAGCAGAAGGCUGCCGAAGGCGAGGAGCAUUUCCACCGUCUUGGAUGGAAGCGCCUCACUAUCGUCCUGAUCGUCACUGCCGUCGCUCUCGGUAGUCUCAGUCUUCCCAGCGUGUUCGCGACAUUGGGCAUGGUAGCAGGCGUCAUCCUGUGUGUCGGGAUAGGGCUCAUCGCCAUGUACUCGAGCUACGUCGUUGGCCAAGUCAAGCUGAAAUACCCCGAAAUAUCGCACUACGCCGACGCUGGCCAGAUGAUGUUUGGGAAGAUCGGUUACGAGGUUAUCAGCGUCAUGUUCGUCCUCCAGCUCGUCUUCACCACAGGCUCCCAUGUCCUGACCGGCGCCAUCAUGUUCGACAACCUCACGGACGACGGCGCAUGCACCAUUGUCUUCACUGUCGUCUCGGCAAUUAUAUUGUUCCUCGUCGCGAUCCCGCCCACUUUCUCCGAGAUGGCUAUACUUGGCUACAUCGACUUUGUGUCCAUUAUUGUCGCUAUAUUCAUCACCAUCAUCGCGACCGGUAUUCGUGCUGGGGACUCGACCGGCGGUCUCUCGGCUGUCGCAUGGUCGGCCUGGCCCAAGGAGGGACUGACGUUGGCCGAAGCAUUCAUCGCCGUCAGCAACAUCGUCUUUGCUUACAGCUUUGCGCUCAGCCAGUUCAGCUUCAUGGACGAGAUGCACACCCCCAAGGAUUUCGACAAGUCCAUCAUCACGCUUGGCGUUUUUGAGAUUUUUCUCUACACCCUCACUGGCGCCUUAAUCUACGCUUUCGUCGGCCCCGACGUCAAGUCCCCGGCUCUGCUCUCUGCCGGUCCGCUGGUGUCCAAAAUCGCUUUCGGCGUGGCCAUCCCUGUCAUCUUCAUCUCGGGCAGCAUAAACACCACCGUGGCGGCACGCUACAUUCACGUACGCGCGUUCAAGAACUCGAUCGUCCGCUACGUCAACACCCCCAUGGGCUGGGCCACCUGGAUCGGCCUGGACGCCAUCAUCACGAUUCUGGCCUGGGUCAUUGCCAGUGCGAUUCCCUUCUUCUCUGACCUGUUGGCUAUUUGCUCGUCCCUGUUCGUAUCGGGCUUCACAUUCUACUUCCCGGCUAUAAUGUGGUUCAUGUUCAUCAAGGAAGGGAAGUGGUACGAGGUCAGGAACCUCGCCUUGUCAGCCACCAAUGCCUUGUGUUUUGCUGUGGGCGUCAUUGUGCUCGGUGUUGGGACGUAUUCGAGCAUUUGGGAUAUUAAACACCAGUACGCCAUUGGAGCGGUCUCCGAACCCUUCACCUGCGCGCCUAUAGGCUGA